UUCUACUAUUUUGAAGAUGGUGAGCAGAAGGCCCCAUGUCAAUUUUAGCCAGUUUGAUGAUUACUUCUCCAUCAUUGGUACAUAACCAACGCAGAAAAUUGAAUGAAAGACUUGAACUCGUUUCAGAAGAACACAACAUAGAUAAUAAAGGCACGAAUACUCCCAAACGUGAAACAACCACAACUGUGUAGACACUAGACUAGACACUGCGUACUUCGCCGUUUUCUCAUCUGCUCCCUGACGUCAACACGAACCCCGAGUUGCCAACCGUCCCAGUGUUGCCACCGGUUCUCUUCUAAUGUUUCGGAGGGGCGCCUCUUUCUGUUCGCCAUAACAGGAACGAACUACCUUUUGUUUUACAGCUACAAACAAAACUGACUUCUUUGUUACCGGAUUGUUGCUUGAAAACAGAUGGACGAAAUUUGAGUCGUUUUCAACCGUCGAAUUGAUCUUGUUCAGCCUGAAAGAAGUCUGAUGAUGCCACCUUGAGAAAGAAAUUCUUUCUGAAUUAUGGACGAAAACACCGUCGUGGAUGUGGAAACAGUUACUCCUUCAAAGCGGCAUAAAAAACAUAAGCACAAAAAGCACAAGAAAAAACGUGAGAGUGAGCAAAUGGAAGUGACUAAAGUCAAGACUCUUACCCCAAAUUCAGGAACACCAACUGGAAGUCCGUUGAGGCAAGAGCAAAAACCAUCCUCGACCGGAGUGUCACCGAAGAGUAGCAAGAAGAAAAAGUUAAAGAUGGGAAAAGAGAGCGGGACUUCAAGUGACGAAGAGCGCUGGCUUGACGCCAUCCAGUCGGGCAAGUUAGAAGAGGUAGAUGAUGAGUUAAAAAAAAUAAAACCAAAAGACCCCAAAUUGAUGACUGCUCGACAAAGAGCAAUGCUUGAGAGAAAAGGUGAUGCUAUGCCAGAUCCGAGUGCAGAACAACUUCUUUCACUGCCUUCAGGUUACAGGGAGAAAGUCAUGACUCCAGAGAUGAUAAAAAAGGCAGCACUGAAAUCGCAGAAAAGGAAACAACUGUUGGACGAAAAACGAGAAAAAGACAUGAAAAGAACAAUGGAGAGGUUGUUAAGAAAGCAGGACAACAAGACAAACAAGCAAGCUGCAAAGAAGAGCGUCCGAAAAAUUGGUGUCAGUAUAGCUUACUGCAACAACCAAAGUGGCAUCAGUGUGUCAUUCCCACUAGGAAUGGACUAUCCUCUUCCUAAGCAAAUUGCCCCUCCACCUCCAGCAGUGGUAAAGUGUGGAGUGCCAGGGUGCCAAAAUGCCAAAAAGUAUUCAUGCUCGAAGACCAAAGUGUUGUUAUGUAGUUUAGAGUGUUACAAGAAAAAUCUUUUAAAAACAGUUUAACAGUGUGUAAAUACCAAAAUUUUAAAUAAAUUUCAUGUAUAUUCUGUAUUCUAGUAAAAGUAAAUUCAAGUAAAAUAAAUUUUUACAGACUGACCAGAA